AUAUUUAUGUGUCAUAUAUGGUGUUCUUUUUGGCAUUGUGAUUUGUGUUUGCUACUUUGCUUUAAGGUGAUAAUAAGUGAAUUGUUUAGAGAUUGUGAAGGAGACUAGAACAGUGGGAAAAAAUGCAGGCUGUGAAGGACAAGCUACAUGAUAUGAGUGAGAUGCGCAAGGUCAAAUCCCAGGCAAAGGCUGAAGAGAAGGCUGAAAAGAGUAUAGCAAAAGCCAGAAUGGAUGUUGCUCAUGAGGUUAGGCUGGCAAAAGAGGCUGAAGCCGAGAUGGAACUGCAUGUGGCCAAGGCUGGGCAAAAGGUAGAGAGGGAGGCAGCAAAAAAUGCAGCUAUCAAGCCAAAUGCAAGUGGCACCAAUCGUGACCCAGCUGACCAUUGUACUAUGGCAACGGGAAAUAGGAGCCUCGAUCAUGGCCCAGCUGAUCAGUCUCCACCUACUAUCAACGCAGCUGGAAUUACUCCUUCUAACAAUGCCCAAGCUCCCCCAGUUAAAAAGCUUUUCUAAAUUGUAACCAUUCAAAUACUAAAUUGAAUUUCAUGUUGAUUUAAAGUGAAAUGGAGAGAAACAAUUUCACAGUUAAAAUGUUAUUUUUUAUAUUUAAUAGUGUAUAUAGUGCUACAUAA